AUGAGAUUCUGGCAUUUUUGGCAGGACAAGAUCCGCCAGGCCAUUUACAAAGCCGAAGUCGAAGAGCACUAUCAACAAGCGUACAACAUCGAACUCGAUUAUACCCAUGCCAUGCGCACCAACGAGCAUGGCCGCGUAUUCUUCCCCGAAGUUGGCGGCGACAGCGAGAAGCAGUUCCGCCCCAAGGCCCACUUGUCGUCGAUUGGCUUCGUCAACGAUACCUUGGCCCUCUUUCGAUGGGUCUUUUACCGUCCUAUCCCUGAUCUUGUAUGGCGCAAGCACCGCUUCACCUUUUCCUCCCUCGCCGUGCUCGCCACUGUCCUCGUCGCCAUCAUUUUUGUCGUUCUCUACUGUUUCCUGAAGCAGCCUCUGUUUUGGGAGAGCAUCGAGUACGGUUCCCCCUGUCGCCAUCCGCUCCGGCAUGAUUGCCGUUGCCAUGACCCCUGGAUCAUCGCCACGAGCAUGAAGGCGAAUCUGCUCACCGUGCUCAUUGGCAUUGGACCCGAGAGGCUUAAUGUCUUUCACCGCUGGGCCGGCUACAUCUGCCUCUUCAUGUCGCUCGUCCACGCCGUGCCGUUCUAUAUUCAGCCUGUCUGGAACGAUGACGGGAUGGCCAUUUUCCAGCGCCUGUUCCCUGGAGGCAGCGGUAUCAUCUACGGCACCGGAAUCGCGUGCUUGGUACCCCUCGUAUGGCUCUGCGUUGCCUCGCUGCCUUUUAUCAGGCGCAUUGCCUAUGAGCUCUUCGUCAUUCUCCACGUCCCCGUGGGUGCUGUAUACAUUGGUGUCCUCUUCUGGCACACCAAGAACUUCCUCAUGUCGUGGAGCUACCUCUAUACUAGUGUCGCCAUCUGGGUUGUCUGCUACCUGAUGCGCUUCUUCAACCUGAACUGGGUAAGGCCCUGGCGGCUUGCCUUCAUGGUUGGCGACGAGGCUGCCAUCACCCUGAUGUCAGAAAACGCCAUCAAGAUUACGAUCCCCACCCAGAUGAGGUGGAAGCCCGGCCAAUACGUGUACCUUCGCAUGCCCGGCAUCUCCCUCUUUGAGAACCACCCCUUCACAAUCGCCUCUCUCUGCAGCGACGACUUUCCCUCCGAUUAUGGUGACGAAUACAGGGAUUGCGUCGUUGUUUUCAAGCCCUAUGGCGGAUUCACACGCCGAGUUCUCGAAACCGCCAUUGAAAAGGGCCCUUUCCACACAUACCGAGCGUUCCUCGAUGGGCCCUAUGGAGGAAUGCGGCGCGAUCUCGCGGCUUUCGACACCUGUAUUCUUAUUGCCGGUGGCAGUGGAGUCACCGCGCUCAUGUCGCAGCUUCUAAACCUCAUCAAGCGCAUGAGGGACGGCAAGGCCAUUACGCGCAAGGUCGUCGUCAUCUGGGCUAUCAAGCGGCUCGAGGCGAUGGACUGGUUCCGUGAAGAGCUCCGCAUCUGCCGUGACUCGGCUCCCCCGAGAGUGUCACUUGCAAGUUCUUCGUCACGGCAACGACGCGUCCGAAUCGCGGAGCCAUCGGACGACCACAAAACCGACUCUGGCGAUGACAAGCCCUCGGAUGCCUUCCACAGCGGCGAAGACACCUCCGCGGGAAGAAAGCGCGAGUUCCAUUUCCCACCUCUAGCGCCUCGCAGCGACGCUCCCCACUUUAACUACGCCCCUCCCUCGCCUCGCAGGAUCCCGCCUCCCACCGUCGAGGAUGACGACGACGACGACGUUGGCGACGACACGGCGGCCAACACCGCCUGGAACCGCGGGGGCUUGCCCGUGCGCGCCCCCGAGCUCGCCCACCUCCGCACCACCAACCUCCCCUCCCGCGACCAAGCCCGACCCACCAGCACGUUUGGCCCACCCUCGGGCUUCGAGUUCGGCUUCUCCGAAACCCCCACAGAGUUCCGCAAGAGCCUGAUGCGUUUCGCCUUCCCCGUGCCCCAUCAAAUUGAUGGCGGCUGGAGCGUCGAGUACGGCCGCCCCGAUCUCGGCUACAUGCUCCGCGAGUGGGCGCGUGGCGGGCCCGACGGAAGAGGCAUCCUCGGCCGCAGGACGGCGGUGUUCGUCUGCGGACCCGCUACCAUGAGAGAGGGCGUUGCCAGGACGGUGGCGAGACUGCAGGCGGAGAUUUGGGGCGACGAUAAGCUGGAGGAGAUCUUUUUGCAUACGGAAAACUAUGCGCUGUAA